CCUUGUUAUUCCGGCUCCUUGGACUAUGACUGCGGGCGACCGCGCAGAGCGCUUCCUGCGCUACGAUACUGGGCCAGAGACUGAAAACAGACUGCUUGUAUUUGCCAGCGCAACGUGCUUGAAGCUAUUAGCCGAGAGCAGCACAUGGUUUAUGGACGGAAACUUUGACCUCGCUCCCAAGGGAUUCCUUCAGUUAUACUUUGUUCUUGUGCCGCUAGGCGAGGGCGUCGUGUCAGUUGCAUAUGCGUUCAUGACAAGGAAGAACCAGCAAGCGUACGAGGAUCUGUUCAAGUCAUUACGUGACCAGCGCGAACUCCUUGGACUCACUUUGUACCCGGAUGUCAUUAUAUGCGACUUUGAGAAGGCGACCAUGAAUGCUGUAAAAGCAGUUUUUGGAGAAGACGUCACGAUAAAGGCGUGCUUCUUCCAUCUGUGCCAAAGCACCUGGCGAAAAAUUCAAGAGCUCGGGCUGGUCACCCUUUACAGGCAAGAUCAGGAGUUUCGAACUUUCAUGGGAAUGCUGGACGCCCUAGCUUUCCUGCCCCUUGACGACGUAGAAGAUGGAAUGACCGCAUUGAAAGGUUUAAUGCCAGAAGCUGGCCGAGAAGUACUAGAGUAUUUUGACGAAACGUAUGUUUCGGGUACUUACAGGCGGGUACAGAGAGCUGACAACAUAGUUCGUCUGCGGCGAACACCUCCCACUUACCCCCAUGCUAUGUGGAACGUCUACUCGGCCACUCUUGAUGGAGGGCACAGGACAAACCAUCAUGCGGAGGCCUGGAACAGGAGGCUGGGAAGCAUCGUUGGCCACAGCCGCCCAACAGUGUGGAGGGCCAUUGACGCCUUGCGCUCAGAAGAAGCCACAGUGACGAUGAAGAUGGCCCAGUCUCGAGGAUCAGUGGCAUGCGUUCCUCAAGGCUCGUCUGUCUUCAACAUGACUGUCAGGGACAACAUUCUAUUCGGAAAGACACUGGAUGUGGCUCGUUACACACGAGUGUUGGACGCCUGUGAACUCCUGCACGACGUGGGCCGUUUUCCAGCAGGCGACCUCACUGAAGUCGGGGAAAAGGGUGCAACGCUCAGCGGAGGACAGAAGCAGAGGAUUUCACUUGCUCGAGCAGUGUACAGCGACAGCAGCGUCUACCUUCUGGACGAUCCCCUAAGUGGGCUGGACGUCCAUGUGGCUGUCAAAGUUUUCAAGCGAGUCAUCGGUAAUAAUGGACUACUUCGCAACAAGACACGGAUCGUGGUGUCGAACCAAAGCCGCUUCCUCGAACAAAUGGACCGUAUUCUACUAGUGAUAAAUAAGCAGGUUGCUUCGUUUGAAAAUAUUGAUGACCUAAAAAGUGACCCGAGGUGCCCCAUAACGCUACAACGAGACGACAAAGAAAGCGAGGCACAAGAAAACGGCCCGCAAAG